CUUAGGUCAGCUGACGCGACCAAAACAAAUAUGGCGACGGAGGUAACAACAUCGAAGCGUAUUUGUGUUUUUCUUCGUCUCUCUUGAUUCCGUCGGUGGAUUUUUACGGUUUGAAACUUUUUAAAACGUCUUUGUGAGCUGAUGAAACUUCUCUGGGUCAUUCUCUGACCGGAGAGAAGAAAACUACACAGAGAAGCGAAACGGAAGUGUGCCUCUCUCGUUUGAAACCAAACAUCCGCCUCUGUUGCGCGUGUGUUUGUUGUGUGGGCUCGUCCUGUUCACCGAGCAGACAUGGAUCGAACAUGAAACAUAAAGCAGUUCAUGGUGAAACGAAGCGGGGGGUGGCUGAUGGUUUCGGCUAACGCACCGGACGAGCUGUCGGCCUGAACAAGAUGUGACAUCCAAGUGUGUCGGUUAGUAAACGAACUUCACUGGAGACACGCUGAGUACAGAUCAGCAGCAGAGAGGGCGCCAUGGGGCUGGUGAACUUUGUCCUCUCCACGGUUGGAAAAUGUCUGGACGCCGCCUGUCUCCUCUUGGACCUGAACUUUCUCGUCGUCCACACCGUGGUGCGGACUCUGCUGGCGUUGGUCACCUUCAUCACCAGCCUGCCCACCCUCCUCCUCACCUCAGUGCUGGAGCUGGGGAACUUCCUUGUCUUUUGCCUGGUGUCCCUGGCAGAGGCGACCUCCAACGUGGCCCAGGGCUCCGUCACCAUGCUGGGGAGCCUGGUGCUGGCCCUGGAGGGGCUGCUGGAGAGCCUGAAGAUGGUGGGUUACCUGUCCAUGCACGUCCUCCUCCGCGGGAAGGAGCACCUGUGUCGGGGUCUGCUGUCCAUGCUGGAGGGCUGCGGCAUCGCUGUCAGCCUGGUGGUCUAUUUCACCAACACUGUGGUAAACUACGCACUCAUCGCCACUCAGAACGUGUACCUGGCUUUGGUCAGUGUGUGGCAGACGGUCUCCAGCCCUCUGCAGAAGGUGCUGGAGCUGAUGCUGACCUCCUUCACCUUUCUGUACAGCAGUCUGGUCGGGACAUCAGCGUUCUUGUGGUCGCCCUGCAAGCUGGUGUUGGACUUUCUGGUUUCUCUGGUGCACAUGUUCAUCAGCAUCUUCAUACUGAACAUCUACGGCCUCCUGCUCACUGUCACCAUCGCUCUGACCACCACAGUCUACCUGAACCCACAGCUGACCCGACGGGCUGCUGCACUAAUUCUGGAAUACAUGAACUCUUUUCAAGCUCUGCACAGACUGCAUUUUGCUCUCUGCCGCCUCGCUUCAGCCGUGCAGGGUCUCCCACAUAUGCUGCGUGGUAACAUGCGACGUCUUCGAAGGAUACUCCAUCACCUCUACCUGCUGGAGACACGACUCUGGCAGCAGCUGUCUCGACACAGCAGCCAAAUAGGCCUGGCGCUGAGGACGCACCUCCAUAGGGAUAACAACAACAGAGCGCGAGGGGACGGCGACCCCAGAGAAGAGCAGCGGGGCCCACCAGACGGAAGAGCAGGGGACGGAGCCCACCAAGAGAUGCUGGAUUUAGCGUUCCCCUCCUCGAGUACAGACAGACCACUGAAGAAGGUGUCGUCUCCAGGCAGAGGCAGCAAACCUCUGCCUGCUGAGAAUCUGCUGACUCUACUGAAGGAGCAGGAGGACAGGAAGAAGUGUGUGAUCUGUCAGGACUGUAACAAGACGGUGGUGCUGCUGCCGUGCAGACACCUCUGCUUGUGUAGAGACUGUACAAACAUCCUGUUGAGGCAACCCAUCUACCAACAGAACUGUCCGCUCUGUCGGCACAUGAUCCUCAACACUAUGGACGUCUAUGUAUGAGGGACCAGUGGACCUAAAGGCUCCUGACAUCAAGGAGUCUGAUAAUCAGUAUCUAUGCUUCAACUUUUACCACCACUGACUUUUGUUUUACUGGGUUUCCUUUAAAUCUAAAUUCAUAUUUUUUUUGCUAAAAAAAGUAAACAUGUGAACAGGAAAUUAUAUAAUACCUACGCCUUUGGAUGCUUUGGAUGAUAAAAUGCCACAACCAUAAAUAGAGACAAGGGUUGCAGUGUAAUUAUUAUUUCCACGGUUGAUGAAUCUGCUGAUUGUUUUCCAGAUUCAUCAUUGAAAUCUAAAAAACAUCAAAACGUUGUCAAAAACACAACUUUCCGGAGCCCAAAGCAAUGUCCUGAAAAUGUUGUUUGUGGACUGGUGAUUUAAGCAAACAACAGUCGUCACUAGUUUCCCACCAUAUGUGAUAAAAAAAUACAUAUUUUGUGAAGCUGAAAUCAGAAUAGGAUAAGGCAAAAAAAAACUGAUAAAGUUAAUCCAUUAACAACAUAUCUGCGGCUUAAUUUUAUUUCUGUUACGUGAUUGAUAAAACAUUGUGGCUCUAAAAGAGACUGCAAAAGGCUUAUUUUCUAAAAUAUAACUGGACUGUUUCACCACUAUUUUUUCCAUUACUUGUGCAUUCAACCGUGGGAUAAUAAAAGGGGUUUGGUAUUUGUACUGAUCAUUUUGUUGCUUUUCAAGUGUGAACACUUCCUGUUAUAUGGAUGUGCGUCACAGCUACAGUCUCUGUUUUGCCAGUGUGAUGAACCCGUUCAAAAAUGAUCCCGUGUUGCCACGCUGAGUCUGAGGUCUCUCGUAGCCACGGUAACCCGUAAGUGCCCUCCCUUGCUGAUGCUGAAAUGUUUACCGCUGCUCUUGUCUUAAAAUGCGCUUUUUAUCGACCAAGCUGUGAAUACCAACGCAUGCAUGAGUAUACUAGUGAUUACACACAUGUAUAUUUAACAGUAUAUUCAAAUCAACACCAUUACUUUUUGUUGCAGUGGAAGCUUUUACAAUUUGAAUAUACUGCAUGGAGCCAUGUAAGAGUUAACAAAGGUUUUCUGGAUUUGAGGAUGGUCAUUUAUAAUUGUUCAGCCAGUGACAAAAAUAAAGCUUUAUUCCAUUUAUUUGUUCUAUUGAUAGGACAUGUUCCAGUCCUGCAUCAGAGGCAGGUUACAGUCACCCCCUCACAUGAUCCAUAAAAGGUUUUCUCUUUCCUAUUGUAUAAAAGGACCAUAAACUAAUAAGGGUUCACAAUUUCAUUUGUUUUUAUAUUUGUAGCUGUUGAAGCUGACGUGUUGUCAUUGAUCGGUGUUUAAAGGGCAAUGUUAUGAUGCCACUUAUGUGUUAUCGAUGGUGGUUGGUGUGGAGGUGUGAGAUCUGUGGGAAGAGGGCUGUUUUUAACCUCAUUUGCCUUUUGAAACAUUUUGUUUAAAUAAUUUGUUUGUUUAGAAAAA